CGACAGGCGACAGGCGGAAAGAUGGAUUUUGACAGCGACAACGAGGACGUGUAUGGUGGCGCGGAGCUUGGGCUGGGCGACUAUGUGCAGGAGGCAGGCUUGGACUGGGACGCGGACGACGACGACCAUGAUGGUGAUGGUGAUGAUGGUCGCGGGGGUGGCGAGGAUCGCAGCAUAGGAAGCCGCGCGACGCAGACUGAUGGCAGUGUAGCGAGGGAAGGAGGCGGCGGUCGGCGUGCCGCAUUUGGAGGCAAGGAUGGCGUGCUGUCUGCGCCUUUGGGUGACAUGGAGUAUCAGCAGCUGCGGUCGUCCGCGCAACAGCAACAGCAACGACAGCGGCAGCAACAGCAGCAAAGGCAACAAAGGCAGCAACAAGGAGCGAGAGGGCAGGGUGCAGGAGAAGCAGCAACAGCGCGGGAUGGCCGCCAGCCUUCAGGCGUGGCAGGGAGGGCACAGGCACGGCAGGGUGCAGCCUUGUCAGACAGCGAUGACGAGGACGAGCGCGGGUACGAUGAGGCGGCGCUGCGUGCAGCACAGCCAACGGAUGACGAGCUGUUCUAUGAUCCCAACAUCGACGAUGAGAACGAGUUGUGGGUGAAGGAGAUGCGCGCCAGGACCACGCAGGGCCAGGUUGCGCAUGCGAAGAAUGUACAAGGUGGCCUGACUGCUGCCCCUGAGAGCGAUGCUGUUCUCAACUGCCCCGCGUGCCUGACUCCCUUGUGUCUUGACUGCCAACGCCACGAGCUCUACCCGACCCAGUUUCGGGCCAUGUUUGUCAUGAACUGCCGUGUUGACUAUUCUCAGGAGGUUGUGUUUCGGGAAAAAAUGGAGGCCAAGAAGAAGCGCAAGCAGCACAGCGCGCGGGGCAAGGAGCCGACAACCGAGGACCUCUUCCAUCCAACACACUGCGCUACCUGCAACACCGUGGUGGCCAUGCUUGACAAGGACGAAGUGUUCCACUUCUUCAACGUCGUGGAAAGCAGCGCGUGAGGCUAUUCACGCGUGUUUGGUGUACACAUUCACCAUUUCCCUUCCCUCCCCCCUUUCGCCAGCCCAGCACCCACAGCUCGCCUUCCCUUCCUAUUCGGUAUUGGACACUUGACUCACACAGACACCAUAUCUUCAGGCUCUUGACGUGUGUUGACGGCUUUAGGUUGCAUACACUUGUUCAUAACGUAAACUGUCUCUUCUGCACUUGCUUGUUUGCGUCCCCCCCCCUCUGGUGCUUCCUAUUCCUCUUCCUCUGGCUUAGCCAGUGGUCGUGUUUAUAGAGAGCUGAUGUGAACCAUUAUCACAACUCGCUCAUGUACGAACUAAACAGUCAGAGAAGCAG